AGAGACAGGAUUUAACAAGUCGGCGAGUUGUUUCCAUGUGAAAAAACAACACAGUUGCACCAUGAGACUGACCUGUUUCUGCGGCGCCUUGCUGCUCCUCGUCGUCCUUCCUGCUGGUUGCCAGGGAGGCAACAUCUUGGUCUUUCCGAUCGAGGGCAGCCACUGGGUGAACAUGGACAUCCUCAUCCGAGAGCUGCACUCGCGGGGGCACAAUGUGACCAUCGUGCGUCCCCUUAAGACAUGGUACAUCAAGGACAACGCCUCCUAUUACCACACUGUCACCGUCCCAGUAGAAAAGACCUUGGACAAAGAGUUCAUCACUAGCAUGAUUGUUGAGGUAAUGGAGUACGAGAGGGGGUCCUUACCCCUGACAACUUUUCUACACUUAAGCGUUGGCAUGUUCGGAAUUUUCCUUGAAGCUCACAAUUCUGUGGGUGAAUUUACCACAGCGAUGCUGGAUGACAACGACCUGAUGAGUAGAUUAAGAGACAGCAAGUUUGACCUAGUGCUCACUGACCCCUGCUGGGGUGGAGGUGUCAUUGUGGCCAAAUAUUUGAAUCUUCCUCUCGUGUACAACGUUCGCUGGAUAAUCGCUACUGAAGGUCAUUUUGCCAUCGCUCCUUCGCCACUAUCUUACAUUCCUAUUACGGGAACGGGAAACACCAACAAGAUGAGCUUUUUUCAAAGAGUCAAAAAUGUGAUUGUGUUUUGGAUUGGCUACACACAACAUAACUUGGUGAUUAAGUACAUUUACCAGAAAAUAUGCGACAAAUUUCUGGGGCCGGAUAACGAUAUGCACCAUUUACUGCAAUCUGCAGACCUUUGGCUCAUGAGAGUGGACUUUGUGUUCGAGUUUCCUCGCCCCACCAUGCCCAACGUCAUCUACAUAGGGGGAUUCCAGUGUCAACCUGCCGAACCUCUACCAGACCACCUGGAGGAGUUCAUGCAAAGUUCUGGAGAACAUGGAGUCAUCCUCAUGUCUCUUGGUACUUUUGUGAGCGAACUUCCUGCAGACUUAACCGAAGAGAUAGCGACAGCAUUUGCCAACCUGCCUCAGAAGGUCAUCUGGAGAUAUAAAGGUGCUAAACCUUCAACUCUUGGCAACAACACUAUCCUGGUGGACUGGAUGCCACAGAACGACCUCCUUGGACAUCCUAAGAUGAAACUCUUUGUGGCUCACGGCGGGACAAACGGUGUCCAGGAAGCUAUGUAUCACGGAGUGCCCGUUGUGGGAAUACCUUUGUUUUUCGACCAGUAUGACAACUUGCUGCGUCUCUCAGAAAGAGGAGCAGCCAUCAUACUCCAGUUAUCCUCAGUGGACAAAGACAACAACUUCCUGGAGGCCAUGCAGGAAGUUCUUACAAAUUCGUCUUACAGGACGAACAUGCAGAGACUCUCCAGGCUGCACAGAGAUCAGCCCAUUGCACCGCUCGACAACGCCAUCUUCUGGAUCGAGUUUGUCAUGAGACACAAAGGUGCAGCUCACCUGAGGACCGAAUCCUACAAGAUGCCCUGGUACACCUACUACUCUGUGGACGUGUGUCUGUUCCUAGCUGGAGUUGUCUUAGCAGUAUUGAUCAUGUUUUGGAUCACAAUCAAGUGUUUAUAUUCUGCUUUGUGUCGAAAGAAAGUCAAACGCGAGUAAUCAAUCCGUAAAGUCUGUGUUUAAAAUGUUCACACGCACCUGAAAGUCUACAAAUCAGUUGUACUCUCAAGGCCAUGACAAAAAUGACAUGUUCUGGAGCCAUAGCGUCCAGAUGACCAAAAUCUUUAUGUACUAUUUUGCUCCUGAACACAAAUCUGGCGGUCAUUUCCCAUAAUAUCAAUUAGUUUUUGUGUAAUCUGUAGAUAACUAACUGCACUUUGAAUACCCCCUUCCAUUACUUCAAACCUGAUACAGUUAACAUUAUGAGUAAAAAAAUAAAUAUAAAAGAAUACCAAUUUUCGGACUUCGUUGCUCUUCCAUAGACACCAUAGUCUGUGUUUCCUUGUGGUCUUUCAGCAUUUUCUUCUAGCAUCUUGAGGAAAACAUCAGUAGAAGAGUACUCAAAAAAUAGAAUACUAGCGGCUCACCUUUUUAUCUCAAUUUGAGCGCUGAGUCUGCUCUUUUUUUUAAUUUUUCUGAAGGUUCGGACUCAGUCUUUCUUCCCUCAAGGGUGUUGUUGAUUUUUCUGAUUGCAUUUGGCUUGAGUCUUUUAAAUCGUAUGCAUUUAAAAUCCGACCAAAACACUUAUUUUCACUUUUUAAUUUUUUUUAAGUCAAAAUCAUCAAAAUGUUUGCUGUAAAUUAGACUCAUCUCGCUUUGUACGUCAAUUAGACUGAAAAGGUCCAUACUUUCCUCAUAUUCCCAUCAUGCAGGCUGACCCCUUCUUCAGUUGUAGUGCUACAACCUGCAACAACGCAUCUGUUGGACAUAUUUGAUAAUUUCUUCAAAUUCUGCGGAAAUAUAACACGUUUCAGGAUGAAGAUGCUACCAAAACAGGCCUACCCACAUUUUGGAGCUAAAAGUGUGCGUUCUAAAAUGUGCUGAAACUCGUUAACAAGCCUAGAAUCACGACUGUGUCAAUUUUGGGGGGAAUUUUACUUUCAUUCAUAAUUUUUUGGUCCAGACCUGUGAAAUAAGUACCAAUGUUGUCAGCAUUACAGGGCCCUUAGAGUUGUUUUCUAAGAUGCAAUAUAUAUAUAUAUAUAUAUUUUUUUUUUUUUUUAAUAUUU